GGAAGGGGGGGCGGCGGCCAUGGCGUCGGGGUGCCGGAUCGGGCCGUCCAUCCUCAACAGCGACCUGGCGGCGCUGGGCGCCGAGUGCGGCCGCCUGCUGGACUGCGGGGCCGACUACCUCCACCUGGACGUCAUGGACGGGCACUUCGUGCCGAACAUCACCUUCGGGCACCCCGUCGUGGAGAGCCUGCGCAGGCAGCUGGGCCAGGAGCCCUUCUUCGACAUGCACAUGAUGGUGGCCAGGCCCGAGCAGUGGGUGAAGCCGAUGGCCGUCGCGGGCGCGAACCAGUACACCUUCCACCUGGAGGCGACCGACAAUCCCGGGGCGCUCAUAAAGGACAUCCGGGAGAACGGGAUGAAGGUUGGAUUGGCCAUCAAACCUGGAACUACAGUUGAACACUUGGCACCGUGGGCCAACCAGAUAGAUAUGGCGUUGGUGAUGACAGUAGAACCUGGAUUUGGAGGGCAGAAAUUUAUGGAAGACAUGAUGCCAAAGGUUCAGUGGCUGAGGACACAGUUUCCCUCACUUGACAUCGAAGUGGAUGGUGGAGUGGGGCCUGACACGAUCCACAAAUGUGCAGAGGAAUGUGUGUUCAGAAGCUGCUCAAAAGCGGUGCCUGGAUCGAUGAGACCUACUCACGCGGUGUUCAAGAAGGCUCUGUGCGUGCAGGAGAACCCUUCUUUCUCAUGCGUAAGGGAGGGCUGGAUGAACGUUAAUUAUGGAAACUUGUUGCUGCUGAACAGAAGAAUCAUUCCUUCGCUGCAAUGAAGCAAGCAGCACUGGAAAACAUUCCGGCUGUUUUUCAGGGUUGGAAAUGCAAUGGUUUGAACCUGUCUCUUGAUUCUGUGGAGGCUAAUUUUGUAGUACAACCUGUAAUGCUGACUGGAAUGAACUAGAAUUCAGUCAGUUUUCGCUUGCUCGCAGAGUGUAGCAUCACAACACACAAUCUCUUGUGGACGAUGCUAAUGAAACUGCCUUCUGCUGUCUGUGUUUUGUCAUUUGAUCUGUGCGUUCCUACCAUACUUUCACAAUGGUUGAAUUAAACACUUCUCUUGGUGUGGUAA